UUGUGUAAAAGUGCUAUAUGAAGAAAGAAAGAAAGAAAGGAGAGCGAAAGAGGGGAGCGAGCACGCGUCAGGAGUUUGAGCAUGCGGAAGAGGCGGCAGCGCAGAGAACUGACUGUGAACUUCUACAGAUGCUCCUGGACAGUGAAAAAGAGUUCACCAUUUUUGAAGAGAAUGUGGCUGCAUCACUCUUGUCUUCACCUGCUACUCGCAGUGGAUGUGCAAACAGCAACACGACUGACAUUCAUCCAAUCCCAUGGGAUUUAGAUCUGGAUCCUGCUGGCUGGGCCAUUUAAAAACCUUGAUCUUUGGUGAAGCCAUUUCUUUGCUGAUUGGAGGUGUGCUUGGUGUCAUUCUCAUGCUGAAGGUCUUCACCAUUCAUUCUACCUACCUGGAAGGCGUUGUUGAAUGCAACCAAUGACUUAACAGCGGCAAUCAAAAACCUACCUUAUCUCACGUUUUGGUGACAAUCUUGUGCCUCUUUGCUACAUUCUCUGCACAAGCAAAACACCAUCAUGAGAAUGGGAGCCGGAAUGGCAGCAGCAGUCCAAACGGAAGCAUGCCGCAUCAUCAUCAUCAUUGUGGAAACGUCAGCUAUAACAUCUCAAAUAGUUCCUGCUGUGAAGGUAAUAUAACUCAUGGGAUAAGUAAGCUGGUGUCUCUUUGCUGUGAUUCCGUAGCCUACAAUCCUUUAAAUCAGAUUUGUUGUGGUGACCACAUUCUAACUCGAGAAAGUGCUCAAGCUAAGUGCUGUGGCUCAGAAAUGUACUUGCCAACAACGCAUAAGUGUUGUUCUGGAGAAAACAUUACACCUAAAGGUGAGAUCUGUACCACUGUCUCCCCUAGCGUGAGAAAAGCAAAGGACAAUCGCACUGAAGAGAUGAUGUUUUGCUUGGGGAAAGAAUAUAAGGUAUCAGCACUUUAUAAGUGCUGUGGUGAAAAAAUCUACAGCUUGUCUGAUGACACGGUGCUCUGCUGUAAUGGGACUCUUUAUCAUCAUGUGCCUAAAAACUCUGAGUGUGUAGGAGGAUUAAUAUACGCUCAAAACCAGAUAAAGAUGACUUGUGGCUCAAAAGUCUAUGACCACGAGUCCUUCAGGUGUUGUUCAGGUCAUCUCUACAACAUAACCCAAGUUGCUGCCAAAGCAGAGUGCUGCGGUAAACUCUUGAUUAAAGAAGAUGAGAAUCAAACUUGCUGUUCCUCCACAAGCCAUGCAUUGAUUUAUGAAACCAAAGAAAAUCACCUUUGCUGUGGGCAUUACUAUUACAACAAAUCCCUGUGGAGCUGCUGUGGUGGACAUCUCAAACCAACACCAAAGACUGACAACUCUACUGGCGAGUACCCACUUAAGCCGCUAACUGACCUGAUCCCAGACAUGUGCAAUAAAACAGCAGUCUUUGGAAGGGUGGAAAGUGUUGCACUUGUCCAGAACCAGCGUUACGUCAUCUUUAGAGUUGUUGAGGAUGUUAGUCUCAGUCAUUGUGAACGUUUGGUUCAUGUGACUCUGGAUCACUGUGCCACUCCAGCUCUUGAGGAAGGCAUGACCUACCUGUGGGAAAAAGAAGACUCCAAUAAGUUUAAACCUAUUUCUCUCCCUGUUAAUCCAACCUAUGACAAUCACAUGUUCGUAACCGCAUGUGAGAUGAUCAAAACGAGGAAGAGAAACUUUUGUGAGGUCUGUUUGGGUCAUUUCCAUGCAAAUUCAUGCAUUAUAUAAUUUAGAAAAUAAUAUGAAGAGCUCAGAUGCAAAAUCCACAAAACCGACCUUUGUCAAAAAAGAGAUAAUGAUAUUUAGAUCUAAUAUAUGUUCAUCAAAUACUUUUGCUUCAAAUUGGCCUUAUCCUGACCCGGAGCCAUUCAGAAAUACAGUUUUUUUGGCAGAAUUUGUUCAAUGCAACAAUGAUUUCUCAGCAGUCAAUGGGUGCUUUCACACCUGCCUCAUUUAGUUCGGCUGAAUCGUACCAGAGUUCGAGAAUACAGCAGUCGAACUCUGGUGCGCACCAAAAAUGGACCAAACAAGGGGACCAAAACCUCCUUGGAGAGAUGGUCUCCGUAUGCUUUCAAACGAACUCUGGAGCGGUUUGUUUGUAGUGAGAACACAAUCUGAGAUGGAAACUACCUACCUGCAAAAGUACUGCGCAUUUUUGCACUAAACCCGCUGCUGUAGUCAGCUGCGCAGUGCAUUAUGGGAUGAGGAAGUGUUCGUUUACGGUUUCUAUUAGCAAUAUUAGCACAAUGACGGGUCGCGGACAUACCUGGGGUCUCAUUUAUAAAGCGUGCGUAUGCACAAACCAGGCUGGAAACGUGGGUACGCCAGUUUUCACACAAAGGUUGUGAUCUAUAAAAAACAAACUUGAUGGGAGAAUGGGCUUGCAGGUUGGGAUCUGAGGAUGAUUCAUGUACGUACACUUGCAGGUGAUCUGUGAUUUAUAAAGGGACUAUUGCUUUGUUUGAUAAGUCUUAAUAUUUUUGGAUGUAUGCCAUUUUUGGCUUUUGUGCGUACAUAGACUUUUAGUAAGGAUCCUACGCGCAGUUUUAUAAAUGAGACCCCUGGAGUGUGAGGAGGUGUGGGCGGAGCCUCAGAACUUCAGUGUCUUCACAGUUUGUAGUGCAUUAAAACGUGUUCAAGCCGCAUACGCGCUUUAUUUGGAACAGUUUGUCUAGAGUGCUGUAUACAAAAUAUGUAUAACAACCACGGACAUAAUUACUGCGCUCAGUCGUCUGUCCAUGGUGUCUGCUGUAUUUUUCUCCUUUUUGUUUACUUCCGGGGUUCCGUUGGAAUUUCGCGCACUUUGAUUCUGACCAAUCGAGACUGGUCAUCUGACUAAUGAAUGAUGUGGAUCUUAUCACAUGACCGAAUUUUGGUUGCGUUUCAACUGGCGGGACCAGAGCAAUCAGUGUUGUGUGAAAAGGAACCAAAACUGCUUAAAAAGCUACAAUGUAUCAUUUUUUGCUUUUGGUCCAGACCAAGAAUCGAACUACGGAUGUGAAAACACCCAAUGAUUCAUUUAGUCCCCUAAAGUGCACCGAAGAGGAAUUUAAUGAAUGUCUUAAGACCCUAUAAUGAAAAAAAUGCUGAUUUGCAAGAAAAUAUGUCGGUAGCACUUCGGGUUUGCAUCUGAGCUCCUCAUAUAUUAUUUUCUAAGUAACCCUUCUACUUAGUAAUGUUUUAUUUCAUCCCACAAAUGGAUUGAUCGGAUGCUGACAAGUUAAGCUUUUUUUUCAUAACUUGGAAAAUGUUUUAGCUACUAAUGUGAAAAUGUGAGCACAUCACAAUGAGCACUUAAGUCAAUAUGAAAAUACAAUUUUAUUGCUCAAUGGUUUUCUUCAGGCAGUAUGUUGCCAUUCUCAGUUGUGUUUCAUAUAAGCCUCAAGAGAGAAAGAUUAAGAAUAUGAAACAUAUUGAGCCAUAAAAUUUAAAUUGAUUGUUAAGCUAAUAUAUUUUCUUGGAUAAUUAUGAAUUUAGAUUGAAUUUAUUUUUUAAUGUACUGUAUAUUGAAAUUUAUAUCAAUCUUCGAAGAUUGCGAAAUUUGCACACUUUGGUAUUUCGCCAAUUUUUAGCACCAUUCCUGACUUUCAUAUCUCUUAUAAAACUAAAAGUAUUUUUAUCAGGGAAAACAUCUACGGGAAACUGUUAAAUAUAAAGGUUCCUAAAAGGGUUCUUUGUCAGUCAGUACGGUUCCUGAAAGAGCCUUUCCAUUUUUCAUUUAUAUGAUUUUUCUUUCUUUUAUCAAGUAUUGAGUUCAUGGGAGAACACUUAAGUAUAACUUGCUUGCAUUCAAGAUAUACUGCAUGCCGUUAUAAGCAUUUUUAUCAUGUACUGUAGUAUGAUAUUUUGUCUCAGGUCCAGCUUAUUGUUCUAUGUUUAUAUUUGAAAGGGUUUUUAAUCCUUUAUAUUUUAAAAUUCAAAGGUGCUUUUAACAGUACUAAACGGUUAAAAUGGUUUAAAGGGGAAAUAUCACGAACAUCUGACUUUUCCAUGUUUAAGUGCUAUAAUUGGGUCCCCAGUGCUUCUUUCAGCCUGGAAAAUGUGAAAAAGAUCAACCCAGUAACUUACAGGUCAUUGAAAUUUCACUCCCCUUGUGAUGUCAGAAGGGGAUAAUAACGCCCCUUGAUCUGCACUAUCCAACCACAACACUGUCAUUUAGUGCAGAGAUCAACUCAUUUGUUAUUUUAAUGAUAGUAGCUCAACAAUAAGCUUACUGCUUCAACAAAUUAAACAGCUAUUGCCAAGCAUUAUUUUACUAUAUACAAAUAUCUAUAUGGGAAUUUCAUUUUAAGACUGAUCUUAAUUUUUACUCUUGUAACCUUACAGUAUGUCUUGUCUAUUUACAACAGUAAAGAUAAGCUUAUCACACAACUUUUAUACUUACUGUGUGAUUAAAAUGGCUUUAUACUUGUUGUAUUGUAGAAUUCUGGACAUUGUCAGUCACAUGACACAAAUGUACUGCCAUUCAUAUUAAAUAUUUUGUUUCUAAAUAAAGGAAACUUUAUGAAACA